GCUGCUCGCUGGGCAUUCUUCACGAUGGGGCUCACCCGGUCGGGCAGUGAUGUCGGUGGCCGCCGGCGACAGCGGCAGCGGCAGCUGUGGACUCUUCUCGUUGUUCUGUUGAUCCUUCCAUGUUGCUCAGCUGAAACGACCAAGACAAAGUCUAGAGCCCCCCCGACAGUGGCGCCUGAGACCGUCGUGGAGUCCAAUGAGGGCGCGUUUGCCACCAUCAUGUACGACUUUGGCGAGGACAGCGAGGCACUGCUGCUAGCUACGCGUGUGCUUAUGCGUAGCAUCAAAGAAUCCAAAACCAAGUACCGUCGCAUGGUGAUUGUACCGCAGGACGGACUUUUUGAGAGCAGCGAGCAAGCACUCAAAGGAGACGACCCGGACCUGGAGAUUGUGCACACCAACAUCCCCAAUGUAUUCGGGCACAUGCCACUGACCGACCACCGUACGCAACUGCUACAUAUGCGCAACAAGCUCGUGAUAUGGGACGACCCGCAGAUCUCAUCGCUCAAGCGCGUCGUGUACCUGGACCCGGAGAACCUGGUACUGCGCAAUCUGGACGAGAUCUUCGCGUGUCACCAGUUCUGCGCUGUAGACAACGGUCAGUCAGUCGUGUACUCCAAUGGACUGCUAGUCAUCUCCCCCGACAGUAUCGCAGCGAGGAAUUUGUACUCGGAUGCCAUCGAUGGCUUCAUGAUCACUGGCCGUGAGUACAAUUACAUCGGUAUCAUUCAAGGUUUCAUGCCUGGACUUUUCGAGGCAUUCGAGGAGAGUCCGUUGUUUUUCCUAGGAUGGGAUGAAGAUGACAAUGGCGAAGACAGCGACGGAGCGGAUGAUGGUGAUGAUGCAGUGGAACCAGUAGACGCCUCUGUCGUCCACCGCUUGCCUUUCUACUACAGCAUCAACCACAUGGUCUUCUAUGAACGCAUGAACUGGGAUCUAUAUAAAUGCAAGGACAAGAACUUAGCAAAGGGAGAGAUCCCUGGGCCUUUACUGAGCUACAAGUACAGUGGCGCUACAGUGAAGCCGUGGUUCUGGCUGCCGUACACGUACUUCCAGGUGUUCUGGUACUGGCAAGAUGUACGUGCCCGACUGGGAGAAGACCACUUCGGUCACUUUGUAGGCAAAGUCGUGUCGUUUCUGGUGAUUUUCGCCUUCAUCUGGUUCGCCUACAUCUCCCUCUGCUUGAAGCUGUUCACGGAGCCUAAUGGACGACCACGUCGCUUGUCAAGCUGGGGACUACCCACUCCUGGCAACGCACAGCCACUAUCUAUCGACGUGUUUAACUCGCGUGUGGUGCGGCGAGCCUGUCAGUUUUCUUGCAGCGCGUUGUAUGCUAUUGCAUCCAUGCCAUUGGUGUCAAGCGUCUCCAUCGUCGUUCUCAUUACUUAUUGUAGUAUCCAGGCCAUCCCCAUCACGAUGCAGCCCUCGUACGCAGGGAAACUCUGGGUCAUUGUACACGACCUGAUGUUGACUACCGUAUUGCUGAUAUUCGCGGUCGCACACACGUUACGCACUGCUCAAUGGAAGAAGGACGAGGUGCCGGCGACGUCAGACAUGCUGCUGGGUGGCAUCUGGUGGUGUGUUAAGAAGCUGCCACUGCUCAUGCUAGCGCAGCUUCAGUUCCUGUACAUGAUUGGCCGUACCGAUUGGUUCCAGAACCCCGUGCUGCGUCCUAUUAUGACCUUCCUCUCCUUUGCGAUCGCCGCCACUGUGGAAGGUCGAAUUCUUGUUGUUGAGAUGCACCGUAUCACGAGGAACUGAUCGUCGAGCGUUAUGAGCACUUGCCCAUUAUACCUAGGACAUUUAGCCACUCAGGACGAAAGACACACCUGCUAAUUAU